GAGCGAGAUUAUGCUUUUUCAUCCGAGCUGACAUAAUAACAUAACUAGUAUUGAAGGGGCAGUCAUUGUGUGAAGUACAUCGGCGAGAUAAUUGCCAACUAACUUAAACUUUUAUUUUUUCGAAGAAAGGAUUUUAUGAAAAUGAAAUCUCCGAUGAAGUUUUCUUUUACAAUCACCAUUGUCAUCGGUUGGUCUAUGCUAUCCACAGCCAAUGAUAUCUCCUUGGAAUUUCCUAAUUAUGUGAAUGAAUCACUUGCAAUUGGACAACUUUGCAAGAAUGAAAUGAUUUCUUUAAAUUUCUCCAACGGAAUGAUCAUCUCUAUUGAUCAAGAUUUCAUCAGUAGUCCUUUGAUUACUUGUCUCAACUUCGCGGGCACUCAUAUCCAGAACAUCAGAAAGGGCGCCUUCGACAAACUUCCUAAUUUGACUCAACUGAUUUUUUCAAACAACAAUAUUGACUUGAACAAACUUUUUGACUUUGGAGGUCACAAAAAAUUAAAGAUUCUUAUUUUGAAUAAUGUAAUUAAGAAUAAUUUUGGCGCAUCAUCUGCUGUUAUUUCCGGAGAAUAUCCUAAUUUAGAAAUCUUAUCUAUUCGUAAAAAUUUUAUCAAUAAUUUAGAAAUUUUAACAGAUAAAACUCGAGUCUCUGAAUUUAAUUUUGACAUAUCGACAUCUUUAGUUAUACAAAAAAUUCCAUUUCCAAAAUUGAAGAUUCUAGAUCUUUCCGGCAACCACUUAACGGCUACUAAUUUUAUGGAGCUAUUGCCAAACAGUUUAUACUUUCUUGACCUUCACGAUAACAUGUUGACUCGUUUUGCUUCUGAUAAAAAACAAAUCAACUUGUUGGCACUAAACUUGGAUAAGAACAAUUUAAAACAUGUGAAAAAGUACAAUCAUUCGCUCGAUUCAUCUGAAUCAUACGAUACAUAUAAUCGAUACAAUGGAGGAUAUAAUCAAGGGUAUAAUCAAUAUGAUCCAUAUAAUCAGUAUAAUUCGCAUAAUUUUGGUCUAGUGAUGGCCGGCCUGGAAAAUCUACUUUAUCUUUCCAUUUCCGAAAACGAAAUUGAUCAUAUUGAAUCAAACGCUUUCGAGGAUACUAACAAGUUAGUUUAUUUGAACUUAUCCAUAAAUAAAAUAACUCACUUGGAUUCAGAGACAUUUGAAAAAUUACAAUCUUUGAGAUCGCUCGAUUUAAGUUUUAACGAGCUCGAUAAUGUCCCGCAGAUCUCAAGUGAAGUAAUCAGCAUUUUAUCUCUUAAUUAUAACAAUAUUACUAAUCUAGAUGUAAACAGUUUUAAAAAUAUGUCGAACUUGACAAAAUUGUUAUUGAGAGAAAAUCAUAUUGACGAGUUUAAUGUUCAAACAUUCGCUCAUCUUUCACUUUUAGAGAUAUUAGAUCUAUCGAGGAACAAAUUGAGUUUUCUACCGGGAGGUUUGAGUAAAUAUUUAACAUCUUUAAAAUGUUUGAUUGUAGAAGAUAAUCAAUUUACUUCGUUAGAAUCUUUAUCCCUGACAAGUAUGUCAUCAUUGAUGAACGUGUAUCUGGCGAUGAAUCCACUAGAAUAUUUAGAUGUUGGCUAUUUCAAAAAUUUGCCACAAAAUCUUACCAUAAAUUUGGUUCAAAGAUCGAAUUUUUCAUAUUGGAAUUCCGAUACAUGCGAAUCAAGAAUAUAAUUUUUUAUAUAUAAUCAUCAUUAUUAUAAUUAUUGAUAGUCAUUUACAUUUGCAAUUUUAAUUAAAUAUAAUUAUGUUAUAUAUUUUUUAUAAUUAUGGAUAACAUAUGUAAUAUAAUAAUAAG